CUCAUGGCUUUUAUUCUGUAGUGAAAAAUAGCAGAGGAGGCGAAGUAACAGAAAAGACGUGCAUAAGCACACCGGGGAGUUUAGAGAAAGGCGUUUGGGAGAAAUAGAGUUUAGUUUUUGGGUUUAUGCAGUUGCAGUAAAUUUAUAAAUUUAUAAAAUAUACAGAGUCUGUGUGAAUUUGCAUACGCUUCCGGAAGUUAGCCAACUAGCCUCGUCGAGGUAGCGAGCUAUACUGCAGCUAGUUCCUUACAAAUCCUUGUAACGAUAUCUAGUUCAACGUGAUAAUUCUUUUUGUUAGCUUUGUCAGUGCAGGUGAUAUUUAGCUAGCUGAAGCAGAGCAAGAGGAUUAGCAAUGGCCGACCUGCUGACGGUUUACGACGACGGAGAGUCCAACACGUUUAUAGACUGCACGAUUUGUGACAAAAGAAUAAGAGGGGAUACUAACUAUAAGAUCCAUCUGACCACUUUACAGCAUCUGAAGAGGGAGAGAACCUUAGCUGAUAAGGGCCUCAUCCCAGAGCCAACCCCAUUGCCACAAUGGGCCAAUAUCAAAGAUUACUUGACGUACCUGAACCUUAGUGAACCCAUUAUUGGGCUUGGUGACUUGGUACAAGAGGACGAUUUUUUCACAAAUGAUGGCAGAGCCCUGCUGCGGUACAGGUGCAGACUGUGUACAGUCCAGAUGGACCUCUAUGACAUGGCCACGCAUGUGGUGGGUCGUAGGCACCGGCAGAAAUACUUGGAGCGGCAUAGGCCAGACUUAGUGACAUGGGAAAAGACUUCAGAGAAGCAAGCAGGUGUUGUUGCGAGGGCUAAGGCUGCAAUAGUAGAAAAGCAAGAGGGAUGGGGAACUCCAGUGCCACUCAUCAGAUCAGAUAAAGGAAGAUCACUGAGAAAUCGAGGAGCAGCACAAGACCCUCCAUCUUAUGUUCAGGGAAGAGCCUCCUCUGGGCGAGACAGGAGAGAGCAAGACUUGUACAAUCAAUCAUAUAUGGAAGGUGGUGAUGCUUACGGGAGGCCAUCUUGUUAUCGUGAGGAUAAUCAAUAUGACCAGUCAUAUAGAGAUGAUGGACCUCACCACCCGUCCGGUUCAGGGGAUAACCAAUAUGAUGCACCAUAUUCUCAAGGUGACAGGCAGAGAAGGUCCUAUGGAGAGAGGGAUUACAUGGAAAGACCUCACUGGGAAGAUGAAAUGAACAUAGGGGCUUUUCAAGGCGAUGGAACUCACGAUAGACGAUAUACGGAAAAAGGCGUUCCACAGCCUUAUGACGAUGACUGGCACCCCGAAACAAAUCCCAGCAGAGGACCAUACAAAAGUAGAGAAAGUGAUGAUUAUUAUCAUGGCAACAUUUCAGAAAACAGGUUUGGUGAGUCAGGAAUGGGCUAUCAAGAGAGUGGCAGGAUGCAAGAGCCGACGUACACGUCACACCACGGAACAGGACCUAGCAUGGAUGAAAGGCAGCGGCAGAGCAGAAACAUGCCGUAUACAGAGAAAGGAAGAGAACGUUUCCAGGAUAUGAAUGAAACUGGAAGACAUGGGUCUUUUGAAAUGCAAGGCUAUAACAAAACACAAAGGUACUACCCAAGUGAAGAUGCCAUACCUGCAAAAAAGAAAAGGAAGAGCAGAUUCUCUGAUGCCUCGCCGCUAGAGAUGGCACUUGCACGGAAGAGCCAAAUUGAUGACAUGAUUUCAAAAUAUAAACAGAAAGGACGAAUGGUUCCCACAAAUAAUCAAGCCUCUGGAAACAGCAUGGAUUCAGCUGUAACUCCACGUAUGGAAAAUGUUUUGGAUGUCCUGAAUGACAUCCAAAUUGAGAAUGUGGAAGAGGCUAACUUCUUAAAGGAUAAGUUAUGCACCCUUCUCAAAGAGUUCCAGUCAAAUAAAGUUCAGCGCUCUCAGGGCCAGGUUUCACAGACUUCGAUAGAUUUCACAGACAGCUAUCACGGCGGUAACAAAAUGGAGCAGCGGAGAGAUAUGCCGGAGUCGAGGCGUUUAGAUGUCCAAGGCUUUCAGGAGCCUGCAAGAUACGAUCGUGACUUGCUAGGCCCCAGGGAAUAUUUACAUACAAGGCACGUUGAAGAUCCAAAAAGCAUGAGGCAAAACAGAGGUCCUGAAGAGCCUGAAUAUCAGUGGGAUCCUUAUAGAGAGGGCUCAGCUGGCCGAUCUGAAGAACGCAUGCCUCGCCAUCCAGAUGACAGAAGAGGUUACCGAGAGGGUGCUUGGAAUUCCAGACCUCUAAGAGAAGAAGAAAGGGUCUAUGUAGAGGAACGCCAUUAUCAGCACGACUAUCGUUCUGGUGGAGAUCUCUAUGACCCGUUUGAGCCUUCAUCAUCUCCACCUUUGGAAACAGGCUCCUCCACUCUUGAUAAGCUUGCAUCCACACUUCUGGAACUGGUGGCACGCAAAACAAAUUAAAUGCACCCUUCGAAUCGGUGUGUUCAGAAGUAAUGCUCAGUAAUUCUUUAGUCAUUCAGUGAAGUUUGUAUUUGUUAGUUUUCCCCUAGAAAAGCUUUUUAAGAUAAGAUGAAACCAUUUGUAUGUGUGUGUGUUUGUUUUAUGUAGUACUGAUGGGUGUACAAAAUUGUGGUAAUAAACCAUUUUUGUUCCUCA